AUGUCUGAAUGGGUUACCGCUGCUAUGGACUCGCUCAACUUCUUGGGUACAGUUCACUUCAAACCUGAAACCGACAUCCCAGACCUAACUGGCAAGGUCAUUCUAGUCACAGGCGGCAAUGCUGGACUCGGUAAAGAAACCGUCCUACAGCUGGCCAAGCACAAUCCUACUAAGAUAUUCCUUGCUGCACGCUCGGAAUCAAAGGCAGCGGAAGCCAUCAAGGAUGUGAAAUUGUCCGUCUCUAAUGAUGUCGACAUUAGUUGGCUUCCAUUGGAUUUGAUGUCGGGUUCAUCAAUCAAAAAUGCGGCGGAGCAAUUCAAAGAGCUGUCAUCCCGUCUCGAUAUCCUAAUUCUCAACGCCGGGGUCAUGGCUCUGCCUCCGGGCGAAACGGAAAUAGGACACGAAAUUCAGAUUGGCACAAAUCACACCGGACAUUUCCAUCUCACCAAGUUGCUGCUACCAACACUGCUCAAAACUGCCGAAGAGCCCGGCUCGGAUGUCCGCGCCGUGUCGCUGGCAUCCGUGGGACAUAUAUUUUCACCGCCAUUUGAGACAAUCUUAGACCAGCAGAAGCUGAAGAAGGUCGGCACCACCGCUCGGUAUGGAGCAUCGAAGGCUUCAAAUAUCAUGUUUGCUGCGGAACUUGCCAGGCGCUACCCUUCAAUAACGUCGGUGGCAGUUCAUCCUGGUAUCAUUCUGACAGAUCUGUAUGAGUCGUUGAGUUCUCGAUCUCCAGUCGUCGCUCUGUACUCUAAGGUCUUGCGUGUGGCUGGCACGUCAAUUGCCCAGGGUGCAUGUAACACGUUGUGGGCUGCUGCUGGAGCUAAAAAGGACGAGCUGGUUAAUGGAGCAUAUUAUGUACCUGUUGGAAUUUUGAAACGCCGGAAUAAAUGGUCGACUAGUGAAGACAAGGGGAAACGGCUGUGGGAGUGGACGGAGGCGGAGCUCAUGAAGGCCAAUUUGUGA